AUGGAUGAACGCUUCUCCGUCAUGUAUGCCAUGGCUGCCCUUGUAAUCCGGAGACAGGUGUUUUAUACAACAGCCUUCUGAGUUCUCUUUUUGACUCCCUCCGCAUUUGCAAUCAUACUCUGCUUCCACCGGGCAUUCCACUGAUUUCAAAACUCGGUCAACUUUUUCUGUGACAACAACACCAUCACUGUCAACAGAAGACUUUACAAUAUCUGGUUCAAUUAAAAUGUUUUGACCUAAAUCAGGGAUUUCCUCAUAGUCUGAUUCAUUUUCAGUGUCAGAGAUCGUCCUCCAGAAAGUAGUCCAUCAACUUUUUCCCACUGAUCUUUUUCGAUAGCGCCUGUUAAAUUCAGCGCAGUGAUGUUGCGAGCAGUAGCAACACUUUUGUAGUUCUCCAUGAUAUCUUUCAAAAAAUGCAGCAGUAGCAAGGAUUAUAUACACAUACUGAGCAGCUCAUGUUAUAGACAGAAGCAUGCUACAUGGCAGACCAACUAAUCUCUCGGCAUGUCCAGCCCAUCCAUUAUUUCAGCCAAUCAUGGCUAGCGGGAAGGCUCCUGUCUUUUUUCGUGGCUAAACCAACUAGGCUCAUAAUUUAAACAUUUUAUUCGUAUUUACAAGUUUGUAAUUAAGGCACAUGAAAGAUCACAUGUUCCAGAAGGCCCAAAAACGCACUUAAAAUAAAAUAAAAAAUGUUUACUUUCAAUUGCCUCUCAUGUGAAGUAGGGACGUGCGACAUACGCCUAGCUUCCUGAAGCGGGUCACAUUUUGGUUGUGUUACAGCCUGAAUUCAAAAUGGAAUAAAUUGAUUUUUUCCGCACCCAUCAACACACAAUACCCCAUAAUGACAAAGUGAAAACAUGUUUUUAGAAAUGUUUGCAAAUGUAUUGAAAAUGAAAUACAGAAAUAUCACAUUUACAUAAGUAUGUCAACGAUCUACACAAAAUACUCUAAUAUCAGUGGAAGAAAAAUGUUUAAAAUAAAUAAUUAAUAGAAAAUAAAACACUAAUGUAUUUUGAUUAGAUAAGUAUUCAACCCCCUGAGUCAAUACAUGUUAGAAUCACCUUUGGCAGCGAUUACAGCUGUGAGUCUUUCUGGGUAAGUCUCCUAAGAACUUUGCACACCUGGAUUGUACAAUAUUUGCACAUUAUAAUUUGUUUAAAUUCUUCAAGCUCUGUCAAGUUGGUUGUUGAUCAUUGCUAGACAGCCAUUUUCAAGUCUUGCCAUAGAUUUUCAAGCCAAUUUAAGUCAAAACUGUAACUAGGCCACUCAGGAACAUUCAAUGUCGUCUUGGUAAGCAACUCCAGUGUAUAUUUGGCAUUGUGUUUUAGGUUAUUGUCCUGCUGAAAGGUCAAUUUUACUCCCAGUGUCUGUUGGAAAGGACACUGAAGCAGGUUUUCCUGUAUGAUUUUGCUUGUGCUUAGCUCUAUUCAAUGUCAUUUUUGUAUAAUUUUUUUUACCAAUCUACCAAUAGGUGCCCUUCUUUGGAAGGCAUUGGAAAACCUCCCUGGCCUUGAGUCUGUGUUUGAUUGAGUCCGUGUUUGAAAUUCACUGCUCGACUGAGGGACCUUACAGAUCAUUGUAUGUGUGGGGUACAGAGAUUAGGUAGUCAUUGAAAAAGUGAGUCCAUGCAACCUAUUAUGUGACUAGCACAUUUUUACUCCUGAAGUUAUUUAGGCUUGCCAUUUCAAAGGGGUUGAAUACUUAUUGACUCAAAACAUUUCAGCUUUUCAUAAAUGUAAUCAAUUUCAAAAUAAUUCUAGAAACAUAAUGGCAAAGUUUAAGCCGUACACUUCAAAGAGCUGGGCUUUACGGAAGAGUGGCCAGAAAAAAGCCAUUGCUUAAAGAAAGAAAUAAGCAAACAUUUUUGGUGUUCGCCAAAAGGCAUGUGGGAAACUCCCCAAACAUAUGGAAGAAGGUACUCUGGUCAGAUGAGACUAAAAUUGAGCUUUUUGGCCAUCAAGGAAGAUGCAAUGUCUGGUGCAAACCCAACACCUCUCAUCACCCCGAGAACACCAUCCCCAGAGUGAAGCAUGGUGGUGGCAGCAUCAUGCUGUGGGGAUGUUUUUCAUCGGCAGGGACUGAGAAACUGGUCAGAAUUGAAGGAAUGAUGGAUGGCGCUAAAUACAGGGAAAUUCUUUCAGUCUUCCAGAGAUUUGAGACUGGGACGGAGGUUCACCUUCCAGCAGGACAAUGACCCUAAGCAUACUGCUAAAGCAACACUCAAGUGGUUUAAGGGGAAACAUUUAAAUGUCUUGGAAUGGCCUAGUCAAAGCCCAGACCUCAAUCCAAUUGAGAAUGUGUGGUAUGACUUAAAGAUUGCUGUACACCAGCGGAACCCAUCCAACUUGAAGGAGCUGGAGGAGUGUUGCCUUGAAGAAUGGGCAAAAGUCCCAGUGGCUAGAUGUGCCAAGCUUAUAUACCCCAAGAGACAUACCACAAGCGACUUGCAGCUGUAAUUGCUGCAAAAGGUGGCUCUACAAAGUAUCGAUUUGGGGGGGGGGGUGAAUAGUUAUGCACGCUCAUGUUUUCAGUUUUUUUGUCUUAUUUCUUCUUGUUUCACAAGAAAAAAUAUUUUGCACCUUCAAAGUUGUAGGCAUGUUGUGUAAAUCAAAUGAUACAAACCCCCCAAAAAAUCAAUUCCAGGUUGUAAGACAACAAAAUAGGAAACAUUCGAAGGGGGGUGAAUACUUUCACAAGCCACUGUAUAUCCAGAAAUCAGAGUUUUUACUUAUGCCUCAUUCUUAAAAUGAAAAAUGGUUGAAAAAUGUAUCUAUUGCUUAAUUUCCCCAAAAUAUAGACUCUUAGCUUUCAUUAGACACCCAAUUUGAUAUGCUCCUAUGAACUUCACAUGUUUGUGCUCAUGGGUCCUUUUUGAUGGAAAUGCCCUUGGGUACAAAGCUGUUCUGUUUACUUACAGACAAUUCCUCCCAAAUCCUUAGUUUAACUCUGGGAUUAUGACACAGGAAAGAGUCUACACUAUACAUAGAGGUCAAGUUCCUACACUGGAUGGUUGGUAGUGCUUUAGUGGUUGUGGUGUGCAGAGAAUAAAAUAGGUUAUUUUCCCAGCGUGGGUGAGCUGUUUCUGACAUGUUGUUGAAGAUGUAGCCUAGCCUACCACUGUGCUCCUCACUUAUCUGUCACACUGAAAUGAAGAAAGGAUGGAAUGACGCUCGUCUCACUCAUCCUCAACUAGGGUUGCACAUUUCUGGAAAUUAUCCCAAAAUUCCCAGGUUUUCCAGAAACCCCGGGUGGAAGUUUCCGGGAAUCAGGAGGGAAUAUGCAGAAAAUCCAGUAAUCCUCCAACCAGGAUUCCUGGUUAACCUGGGAAUUUUGGGAAAGUUACCGGAUUUUGCGAUCCUGUUCUCAACUCAACCUCAAAUACAGGCUACUAUGGUAUAGUCAACUGAGCUUGACUUAACCCUCAGUCUUCCAAAGGUGAAGUGGAACUAGCUAAUGGUUUUCCUGGUAAAACCUCAAUGAUAUGAUUUACAUCAUAGGACAAUGAUAUAGAACAAAACAGAAUUUAUAGAACAUAAUUUUUGGCAGGCCACCCUGGUUGCUAGGCAACAAGACUGCUCGGCUCCAUUUUGGAACGUUCUGUAGCACCCAUCUCUCGGCCCGUUAUCCCCUUAUCACAGAUACAAUCAUGUCCAAUGCAUUUUGGGAUGUGAUGCACAGCACAGGGUGUUCAAUCAAAGCAGUCUUUUUGCAUUAUCACAACCGUUCUCUCUCCUCUACUCUCCUCUCCUCUCCGAGUGUUGUGUGUGUGUGUGUGUGUGUGUGUGUGUGAGCAUGCGUCUGUGUGCCUUUUUUCGUGUCAGCCUAGGGUGUAUCCAUCCUCCCAAGGUGUCAUCUACCUUCCUCCCACUCUCUGUCCAUCUGGUCCUACACACAGCUCUCUGUGGGCUUCAUGAUGAGGAUACUGUGGCGUGGGGAUUGAAAUUACUCCCAUUACUCUGCCAAAAGCUCCACAGGUUGACAAGAGAGAUGUUGGAUACUAACAAAGAGGAACUUUUAGAUGUAGUUUCUCUAUUGAGCUUUGAAUGCAGACUUUAAGCCUAUUCAGCAAAUUGUUUGAUUUAAUAGAUUUUCCUAAGUGGAGAAGAGACCCAGCAACUUGCUUCGGGAAUGUUGUGGAUUAUUUUUCAUGGCCAUCUUCACCAAACAGUCGUCUGUGUAUGGGUGAAUAGAGUGUAUCUGUGUGAGACUCACAGCUUUACUGUAACAUCAUUGUGGGUAGUGUGAAUGACAGAGCAGAGACUUGUAAAGCUGUUCAACUUCAUAAAACCCAGAACAUAUUAAUCACUUUCCAACAUCCAUCCUCUAUAGUCCCCUAUAGGAGGAACUAUUUUUAUAUGGAGUAGGCUUUCAUUUCACUGGCACCAAUCUUGUAUAUUAUUGACAUUGACUACCAUGCAAAGUUUCCAUUGCGAGCACACUGGUAGCUAAGCUAGCAUUCAUAUUGAGAACCUGUACCCUGCUCCUUGUGGGGGAGUGGGACAGCAAAGUUAGGCAAAGCGCUGAAGAGAAAGCUCAGCUUGGGGUGACUUCACACCUCUCUCUUUCCCUUGGUACAUCUUCUUCAUAGCAAUUGGAGAUAAAUCUAGGGUUGGCAAGAAUCAUGGUAAAUUGCUGUAAUAACGGUGGUCAUAUUUACAUAAAAGCUUUCCAAUACUCUUUGAGAGAGACAACAGACUUUUAGUCACUGUGUGUGUGCGCGCGCGUCUGAACUAUUACACACCAGUGUCCAUGGCACAGCUUAUCUGCUUCCCUACACACCUUAAUGGCUGGCUGUAGUGGCUGGCUGUAGUGUAGCAUCCUAAUGGAGCUGAUAGUCAUGUCACACAGACAGGUGGGACCAUAAAAUUAGGAAUUAGAAUACUACUAAUAAUAAAUAACUACUAUUAAUUUAGUAGGGUGUCUAUAGGUGGGAAUCCCGACUGGGUCAUUCAGAUCCUCUGGAACACACUGAACAUGACUUCUAGGAUGUCAUGCAUGUAUUCUAGGAUGUUAUGCAUGUAUUCUAUGAGGUUAUGCAUGUGUUCUAGGAUGUUAUGCAUGUAUUCUAGGAGGUUAUGCAUGUAUUCUAUUCAUUGUCUGGUGCAUAGAGGUAUCAUACAAAGAGCUGGUUAACAAUGGAAUACACACUGACAUCGACUGACAAGAUGAAUCCAGGUGAAAGCUAUGAUCCCUUAUUGAUGUCACUUGUUAAAUCCACAUCAAUCAGUGUAGAUGAAGGGGAGGAGACAGGUUAAAGAAGGAUUUUUAAGCCUUGAGACAAUUGAGACAUGGAUUGUGUAUGUGUGCCAUUCAGAGGGUGAAUGGGCAAGACAAAAUAUUUAAGUGCUUUUGAACGGGGUAUGGUAGUAGGUGCCAGGCGCACCAUUUUGAGUGUGUCAAGAACUGCAAUGCUGCUGGGGUUUUCAAGCUCAACAGUUUCCGUGUGUAUCAAGAAUGGUCCACCACCCUAAGGACAUCCAGCCAAUUUGACACAACUGUGGGAAGCAUUUGAGUCAACAUGGGCCAGCAUCCCUGUGGAACGGUUUCGACACCAUAUAGAGUCCAUCCCCCGACGAAUUAAGGCUGUUCUAAGGGCAAAAGGGGGUGCAACUCAAUAUUAGGAAGGUGUUCUUAAUUUUUUGUACACUCAGUGUAGUCUAAUAAUUGUAGUCUAAUAUAUGGAAUGAUAUAGUCUAGUUUCACUAGAUUAGGGGUUGGGUUGAGACAUUUGCUACUUAACUCUGUCAGUCCUGAGACUUGUGAGCAUUAUAGUGCAAAACGUGUUCAUGAGCGUCUCAGUUUGUCAUAGAUAGCUUGUGGUGUCAAUAUUCUACUGUUUCCCAGGUUAGGAGAAUCAAGCCUGAGCCCUGACAGUGGCAAAGAUUCCACAUGCACACACACACACACACACAGAAACAGACACAGACCGAGACACACAGACACCGAGGGAGAUGGCUAUAAAUAAGUUGGAUAAUGAGAGUGUGGUGUCACUGUCCUCAUGCUCCGUCGCCCGCAGCCAGACUGUCCCCAACUUCCCCAAGACGACACGCCUCAACACACACAAACUCACACACACACUCUCUCUCUCUCUCUCCUCUCUCUCUGAAUAUGCAGAUUUAGAAUCUGGUAUUGCAAGGUUUGACAGGAUCAUGGUUUUAGAUUGGUAUAUAAUGAAGGUUUAGAGACCGCUGAGCCUUAGCUCAAAGACAAAUGGAUGCCCUUCAUGUCUGCCGAUCAGAGCAAUGUGUCUGAACUUCACUCAAACACUGUUAACACACACACACUCGAAGGUGGGUCAGGGCUGGGUCACAACCGUUCAUACACAUCAGUGGAUCUGUCACAGGGGCUCAUCAACAGGUUAGUAUCAAAUCAAAGGUUAUUCGUUAUGUAUGUACACAGGUUACAGCAGGUAUAAAUGGUGCAGUGAAAUGCUUACUUGCAAGCUCCCUCAACAGUGCAGUACAAAUUUCAAUAAAAUAAACAAGUAGUAUGCAUAUUAAUAAAACUGGUAUGUACACAAUAGGAGAUACAGUAUAAAUGAUGUGCUAUGUCAAGUAUGACUGUAUUUACAAAUAUAAUGUGGAUAGUGUCUUGGUCGUGCAGUUGAAUAAGUAGUAUAUAAAUAGAACAGCAGUGUUGACUGUAUGUGUGCUUGUGUGCGUGCGUGUGUGCCCGUGCUUCUGUGUGUGCAGUGAUGUAGUGUUAAACAAGAAAUAGGUGCGUAAACUGAUCGCUGGUCAUGAUGAAAAAAGUAACGCUCCCUAUCCGUUCAAUACUUUUUCUGUGUUUACUUGCCUUUACCCUCCACUACACCACUGUGUGUGUGUGUGUGUGUGUGUGUGUGUGUGUGUGUGUGUGUGUAAGGGUUGGAUGCGCAUGCGUCUCCUGUAGUCCUGGUUUAUGCAUUUCCAUUGAUCAGAUCAGCGAGCUGUGCCAAGACUUUUUGAUCUAAUAAUACAACUGUGGCUGAAGGUGGUGAAUAUAGUGAUAGAUUGCCACAACCCAGACAAAGGCUGGGCACAUGCGCGCACACACACACACACACACACACACACACACACACACACACACACACACACACACACACACACACACACACACACACACACACACACACAGUGUUUCUUAACAGUGGGUGGCCAUCAGUUUGAGAUUAAUAGGCCCUGACAGGGCUCAGAGCCCUAAAAAAGAACAAACGGACUAAAAAAAGCUGUGUGUUUCCCCAGGGGCCUUUCAUUCCCUGUGUCUCCCUGCCAGCACACUUCAAGCCUCUCUCCGCUCUCAUUGAUGUGAAAAUGCUACUACAUAUACAGGAAUAUCAAUAUGCGCGUGUACUGUGUGUGUCGGUGGGUGGUGGGUGUGUGUGUGUGUGUGUUUGCGCACAUUCAUACGUGCCAGUGUAUGUGCCACGCCUGUGUGUUUGUCUGUUGAAUAAUUCCAGCUCUGUUCUCUCCUGUUGUGUACAGUGCCUGCUGUAUCUCCCGAGCCCUGCUGCAGCCUCACGCACGCACAGAUCAAAGGGCCCUUCAUACACAUAGAAUAUUUAGGUUGAGUCAGUUUGUUUAUUGUGCUGGCCUGGGCGUGGCCUGGAUUAGCAUAGGCAAUAAAACACUGAGCUGAAGACCGACGGUGUGUACCAGUGUGUGUGCAGUGAGGCAGGGUAGAGAGACUGGGCGUGAUUCACUGCUCAUCUUCUCAUCGUCAUCAUCAUUAUAACCCUCUGAGGCAGCAGAGAUGCAGGACUGUUGAUUGAAUUGAGUAGCUAGGAUGUAGGCUAUUAAAGCAGACAUACAGAAGUUGGUCUACAAUCAUCCCCCCCAUACAGUCCCACCCCUAAAUCAACAGUUGAUCAGAGCACUAGUGACAACUAGACAACAGGCCAUAAGGACUCUCUGAACGGUAGCAGUAGCCAUGAAGUGCUUUGAAAGUCUGGUCAUGGCUCACAUCAACACCAUUAUCCCACAAAUCCUAGACCCAUUCCAAUUUGCAUAACGCCCCAACAGAUCCACAGAUGAUGCAAUCUCUAUUGCACUCCACACUGCCCUUUCCCACCUGGACAAAAGGAACACCUACGUGAGAAUGCUAUUCAUUGACUACAGCUCAGCGUUCAACACCAUAGUGCCCUCAAAGCUCAUCACUAAGCUAAGGACCCUGGGAACUAAACACCUCCCUCUGGAACUGGAUCCUGGACUUCCUGACGGGCCGCCCCCAGGUGGUAAGGGUAAGUAACAACACAUCUGCCAUGCUGAUCCUCAACACGGGGGCCCCUCGGGUGCGUUCUCAGUCCCCUCCUGUAUUCCCUAUUCACCCAUGACUGCAUGGCCAAGCACGACUCCAACACCAUCAUUAAGGUUGCCGACGACACAACGGUGGUAGGCCUGAUCACCAACAACGAUGAGACAGCCUAUAGGAAGGAGGUCAGAGACCUGGCCGUGUGGUGCUAGGAUAACAACCUCCCCUCAACGUGAUCAAGACACAGGAGUUGAUUGUGGACAACAGGAAAAGGAGGACCGAGCACGCCCCCAUUCUCAUCGACGGGGCUGUAGUGAAGCAGGUUGAGAGCUUCAAGUUCCUUGGUGUCCACAUCACCAACAAACUAUCAUGGUCCAAACACACCAAAACAGUCGUGAAGAGGGCACGACAAAGUCUAUUCCCCCUCAGGAGACAGAAAAGAUUUGGCAUGGGUUCCUCAGAUCCUCAAAAAGUUCUACAGCUGCAUCAUCGAGAGCAUCCUGACUGGUUGCAUCACCGCCUGGUAUGGCAACUGCUUGACCUCCGACCGCAAGUUACUACAGAGGGUAGUGCGUACGGCCCAGUACAUCACUGGGGCCAAGCUUCCUGCCAUCCAGGAUCUCUAUACCAGGCGGUGUCAGAGGAAGGCCCUAAAAAUUGCCAAAGACUCCAGGCACCCUAGUCAUAGACUGUUCUUUCUGCUACCGCACGGCAAGCGGUACCGGAGCGCCAAGUCUAGGUCCAAAAGGCUUCUUAACAACUUACAUUUUAGUCAUUUAGCAGACGCUCUUAUCCAGAGCGACUUACAGUUAGUGAUUACAUAUUUUUUUUAUACUGGCCCCCCGUGGGAAACGAACCCACAACCCUGGCGUUGCAAACGCCAUGCUCUAUCAACUGAGCUACAUCCCUGCCGGCCAUUCCCUCCCCUACCCUGGACGACGCUGGGCCAAUUGUGCGCCGCCCAUGAGUCUCCCGGUCGCGGCCGGCUGCGACAGAGCCUGGAUUCGAACCAGGAUCUCUAGUGGCACAGUUAGCACUGCGAUAGAGUGCCUUAGACCACUGCGCCACUCAGGAGAGUACUUCUACCCCCAAGCCAUAAGACUCCUGAACAGCUAAUCAAAUGGCUACCCGGACUAUUUGCAUUGUCCCCCACACCCCCUCUUUUUACGCUGCUGCUACUCUGUUUAUUAUCUAUUAUCUAUGCAUAGUCACUUUACCUCUACCUACAUGUAAAUAUUACCUCAAUUACCUCGACUAACCGGUACCUCCUGUAUAUAGCCUCGCUAUUGUUAUUUUACUGCUGCUCUUUAAUUAUUUGUUAUUUUUCUUCUUUUAUUUUAUAAUUUGUUUUACUUAUCUAUUUUUUACUUAACACUUAUUUUUCUUAAAACUGCAUGGUUUUUAAGGGCUUGUAAGUAAGCAUUUCACUGUAAGACCUGUGUAGACCUGUUGUAUUCAGCGUAUGUGACAAAUAACAUUUGAUUUGUCAGUCACUCACUGGCACUGCUGCAACCCAUCUGAAGAAGUGUAUUUCACAUCGACUAAUCCUCCAAUAAUCCUCCUUUCCUGAUAGCCCUAAGCUAUUGUCUAUUUAAUACAUUUAGUACAUGUAUGGUGGAAUCAGUGGUGGUGAAGUGAAAGAGAUGAGGUUUAGAGUAUUGGGAACUGGAUUGUGCUAAGAGUACUAAGUCACUCAGCCAAUGACCUGCUUCCCUUUGAUUCUCUGUGGUUCAGAGGACCCAUUUCUUCAUCCGUAGGGCCAGAUGACACCUUCUGUCGGUUUCUUGUUUUCAAUUCUGGUAUAUUCAGUCACUGAAACAAUGUGUGUGGUGUCAGCAGUGUAGUAGUGUAGUCAGCCCUAGCCAUCCUUAGCUUCAUAGCUAAUAGUCUCAUUUAGUCUCAGUGCUACUGCUAACCGUUGAGAGCUGGAGAUGUCAGUCCCCUAGCUGCGGCUAAUGACACUCAGCAAGAGAGCACCGAGAGACAAAGUUACUGAAGUGUGUGUGUGUGUGUGUGUGUGUGCAUCAAACUGUCACGACCCCCCCUCCCCCCACCCAAAGCCCCUGGCUCCCCUUUCGCUGCACACUAUCAGAGAUUUAACCCAGAGAGCCAGAGAGAGGGAGCGAGAGCGAGCGCUUCACUUUACUGCCCUGAACCGCCCCCAGCUCUCCACCAAAGCCCCUGUAUCCAUGACAACGCUAAGAUGGGAUCCAUUCGGCUCUCACCCAUUGGCUCGUCUGUCAGUCAUUGUAGAGUGCUGAGGGAGAGGAAGGGACGCAAUUCAAUGUGUCUGUAAUUCAUUGUGUCUGUAAAUGCCCGCCUGUCCCCCUAGUGGGGAUGGAAUAAGUAUACAUUGAGUGUACAAAACAUUAUGAACACCUUCUCUUUCCUUGACAUAGACUGACCAGGUGAAUCUAGGUGAAAGCUAUAAUCUCUUAUUAAUGUCACUUAUGAAAUCCACUUCAAUCAGGGGAGGAGACAGGUCAAAGAAGGAUUUUUAAGCCUUGAGGCAAUAAAGACAUGGAUUGUGUAUGUGUGCCAUUCAGAGGGUGAAUGGGCAAGACACAAGAUAAGUGCCUUUUAAACGGGGUACGGUAGUAGGUGCCAGGCCCACCGGUUUAAUUGUGUCAAGAACUGUAACACUGCUGGGUUUUUCACGAUCAACAGUUUCCUGUUUGUAUCAAGAAUGGUCCACCACCCUAAGAACAUCCAGCCAACUUGACACAACUGUGGGAAGCAUUGGAGUCAACAUGGGCCAGCAUCCCUGUGGAAUAAUUUCGGCACCUUGUAGAGUCCAUGCCCCGACGAAUUGAGGCUGUUCUAAGGGCAAAAGGGGCGGGUGAACUCAAUAUUAGGAAGGUGUCCGUAAUGUUUUCUACAUUCAGUGUAUACUCUCUGUUACAUUGAAGUGGACAAUGUAGAGGGCUGGAAAUGAUGUUGUCACAGCUAGUCCCCCUUCCUGUAGAGAUUUGAAGAUCUCUCUUCUGUUCUCUUCGUUCCCCUCGUCCUCUGAGCGUUGGAUUUAAGACGCGGCAAGUCAAUUUGGCCUCGCGCUCUCUCUCUUUAUCUCCCUUUCUGCUAUCUCUCUCUCCCUCUCUCUCGUCUGUCUCCCCUCUGAGUCUAUGAGGAGGAAGGAUUUCAGUAUCGUAUUAUGAAAAGCUUAUUGCUCCUCAAAGAGUCCCUGAGCGCUUCUUCCUCUCUAUAGCAUUCUCUUGAUGUCUCCUCUCUCUCUCCUCUCUCUCUGUCGAAAGCUUAGUGAAGGUCUACUUCAGCAGAAAGCUGCUCUUCACAGGCAGCUGGGGUACCUUAACAAACACAUCACAGGAGGAAGAAGGGGCAACAAACAAUGGGCUCACCCCAAAGAUGUUACUAUUCUUGCAAGUAGGUUUCUGAAGUUCACAAACUAGCUAUUUCCCUUGUUGAACGUACCUCUGGUAAAUAGAAGAGUGCUGUCCUAAUAAGGGUGUAAAAUUAAACUUUUGGGUCCACCAGCCACUAUGGCAGGUAGAUUAAAACAUCUUCUAGCCACUCAGAUUUUUUACCAGCCAAAAUAAAUUAAAAUCUGUUAAAAUUACACCAAUAAAACAGGAUGAGCAUGCUUUGUAAUGUUUAUAAAGCAAUACAUGUAAGAAGUAAUGUGGUAGAUGAGGCCAAACAUUUUCAGGAGUCAUGUUUGUGCCUGUGAGAUUGAGUCUGACUAGUAGAAGAGUUGUCUUCUCUUCCCUAGCAGUUGAAACUCAAACAUAGAAAAACAACCUAGCAUCAAAUCAAAUCAAAUUUUAUUUGUCACAUACACGUGUUUAGCAGAUGUUAUUGCGGGUGUAGCGAAAUGCUUGUGCUUCUAGCUCCGACAGUGCAGUAAUAUCUAACAAGUAAUAUCUAACAAUUUUACAACAUAUACCCAAUACACACAAAUCUAAGUAAGGAAUGGAAUUAAGAAUGUAUACAUAUAUGGACGAGCAAUGACAGAGCGGCAUGGACUAAGAUACAGUAGAAUAUUAUAGAAUACAGUAUAUACAUAUGAGAUGAGUAAUGCAAGAUAUGUAAACAUUAUUAUAUUGACUAGUCUUCCAUUUCUUAAAGUGGCCAGUGAUUUCAAUAGGCAGCAGCAGCCUCUAGUGUGCUAGUGAUGGCUAUUUAACAGUCUGAUGGCCUUGAGAUAGAAGCUGUUUUUCAGUCUCUCGGUCCCAGCUUUGAUGCGCCUGUACUGACCUCGCCGUCUGGAUGAUAGCUUAUGAACAAAACAAUGUAAAUAGCCAAGGACAAAGUCUCACAUCAGUAAACUUUAGUUUCAAGUAAAUUAGACACAUUUUUAUGCCUGUGCGCAGCGCUUCUAAAAAUGAAUCUUUCACUCAGUUCUUCACGUGCGCGCAGCUCCCAGCCGGGCAGUGUUGCAGUGCGAGGUGGAAUGGGCUAUAUAGGAUCAUAGUUCUUUGACAGUGCGAUUAAUUUACCAGCUAUGAAACAAAAAGGCGGAAAUACUUUGAAAACAGCUACUGCAGCAUUUAUUUUACUGUAAAUGUGAUCAUACUUGACAUUUUAUUCCCAAAUGCGAGUGAAAUGCUCGCACUGUGGAGCCCUGACCACCCGCCAACGUGGCUGGUGAAAUAGACUUCUUACCCGCCAAUGCCAAAAUCUACCCGCAUUUGGCAGAUAUAGGUGUUCAUUUUAGGCCCUGGUCCUAAUCAUCUCUAGUCACCGGGUUCUUUAAAGGAAGAGAGCGUCCUUUUAUGUUGACCUCACUCUCUUCCUGUGAUCAAUAGCUAUUACCAUGAAUGUGUUAUUAAAUAAUAUAGGGUACAUAUCUCAGGCAGAACUCACUCUGGGAGGAAUAUCUCAUUAAAUAACAUAGGAGACAUAUCUCACACAGAACUCACUCUGGGAGGAAUUGAUUUAGCAGGAAGCUUUCUGAAAAUGUUGCUUAGUAACCAGCUUAAUUUUGAAUCUUUUGAAUGAACGUUGGCUAUUAUCUUUGGUAGUCGUCAUAGCGUCUGUUAUGUGGCAGGUAUGAUUGGGGUUUAGAUUUCCUGCUAAGUGACACAGGAAGUAAUGGUGUGUCUAUCUGUGUGUUUAGCUCCACAUAUUGUCAUUCACUGAUGGUUGACACUAAUGGAUUACUGAUAAUGAUGAUCAUAAUGGUGAUGAGGACGAUUGAGAUGAUUCUUGAGGCCAUACUUGGAUCAUUCCAAGUCAUUCUAAGAACAUUAGGACAGAGCUUGUAAUGUAAUGCUAGUUUUCUCCUUGUGAUGGACAGAACCUCCUGCCCAUCUUCCAUCCCCUCUGAUCCCAGGAUCGGGCCCUCUCCCCUAGUCUCGACUUCUCUAAAGGCCCCUAAGCCCAGGUGAGGCAGGGAGGCAGCUUACACCAGGCCUGGUGGUUGUCAAAGCUAUAGGGAAAUGAAUACACUGUGGUUCCUGCUCCCUGUUACCAUAUGGGAGGAGAGAGGUUUAAAGCCACAUCUCAAUCUUUGUCCCCAUCAGAAUGAAAAUAAUUAGGUGAACGUUGUAUUUUAUAAAUGUGAACGGAUCAAAGUGGGUGCAAACAGAAAUUGAGGAGUAACCCCAUAGGAUCAGUGUUUGGACUGACCAACAUUGUGUUUCUGCUUCAUCCCUCUCUGUCUUUCUGUGUAGGUGGAGGAGGUGGUGGACGUGGGGACGUUUGCUGAGGAGGACAUCCACAUCCCCAGUAUCUACAUCCACAGGAUUGUCAAGGGAGACUGCUACGAGAAGAGGAUAGAGGUGGGCCUCCUAACACCUCCAUGGAUUCAUGCUUAGGGUUGCAAAAUUCUGGUAACUUUCCCAAAAUUCCAGGGUUUUCCAGAAAUCCUGGUUGGAAGGUUCCCGGAGCUAGGACAGAAUUAGCAGGAUUUCUGGAAAACUUUAGAAUUUUAGGAAAGUUACUGGAAUUCCUGCAACCCUACUUAAACAGUAAUACAGUCACUAAGUUGAGUCAUAAUGGUCCAAGAGGGGGAUAGAGGGAGCGCUGAUGAUUUCACAUCAACUUUGUCCAAAUAUUACAGGAAGUAAUCUAUAUUGCAUCCCUCCCAGACCCAUCAUAGUCCAAUAGAGAAGUCUGUGUAAUCAAUUGGUACUAAGCAGAGAAGAAUGUCUCUCUCCGCUCUCCAGAGGCGCACGGUGCAGAAGGCCCAAGCAGAGAAGCCCAAACCAAAGAAGGACUCUGACAUCGUACGAGAGCGGAUCAUUCGCCGAGCAGCGCUGGAGUUUGAGGAUGGAAUGUAUGGUAUCCUUGAACAUGAAAUGGGACUCCAUCGAACCAAUCAUCAUUGAUCUUUUGAUAUCUUACCAAAAGUUAGCUUAAUAGUGAACGGGUUAAAAAUAACUUACCACUAUGAAUAUCUUUGACAAACCAAACCUAUCAGCUUACCCAGGCUUUGGCAUCGGUAGUGUAGAAUCAGAAUGAAAUCAGGGUACUGUAUAUUUGUAAUAUAUUCAAGGUGUAUGUUCUUUAACAUGAAACGCUGUCAGCUAACCUGGGUAUCGGCAUCCCCAUGUUGGCCAGCAACUUCAUCCAACCAGACAUCACUGUCCACCUGCAGAGUGAGAACGGCAUUCUGGGAUUGGUAAAACCCUCAUUUGAAUCUCUGUCAUAGUAACACCACAGUAACACGGUUGACAACAGGUGUGGGGACUCACGUUUGAAACGUGCCGGGUUCCUAACAAAACAUUGUGGAGAUUGCAACCAUCCAACCUUUUUUCUCCCAUUCAUUUUAAUUUUCUACACAGCAGUGUGUUGUGUUAACAAAGGCUGCAGCUCCACCAAGCCUUUCACAUCAACUCUGUUGUCAGAGAAAUUAAAGCAGAAAUAUGCUAAUGUUCAUUUGUGAGAAUGUUCCCCUCCAAUUAUGAGUGUCAGGUUAAGAGAUGUGGUGUCAAAAGCUCCCUCAGGCUAUAGAGAAACAGGGCCAGUUCCUUUGUCGGUUUGAUGUGUAUAGUGAUGUUUAUAGUGUAUAUUGAUGUGUAUUGUUGUCUAUACAGGGCUCAUCUGUGAAAGAGACAUUGGUCUCAGCAUGACUCCCUGUCAAAAUAAAGGUUGUGAGAUCAUGGUGGGGUUGAGUGACCACCAGAAUCCUAAACUUUUGCGUGUGUGUGUGUGUUCUAUGUAGGGCCCCUACCCCACAGAAGACGAAGUGGAUGCUGACCUGAUCAACGCCGGUAAGUGAAGAUAUACCCACACACACACACACACACACACACAAACUGUCCUAUGUUUAUGAGAUAUGUGGACAUUUCCCGUGUGUGCAUGCGUGUUUGCAGGUAAAGAAACGGUGACUGUGCUUCCAGGGGCUUCCUACUUCUCCAGUGAUGAGUCGUUUGCCAUGAUCAGAGGGUAA